AUGCGCCAACAAGCUGCAGGACAGCGAAGUCGACGCCAAACUGCCCCGUCGGGUCGGGCUCUGGAACAGAAGGUCAAAGAGGCCACCCAACUCGAGACAAUUCCGGAUGAUGUGGACUCGGUUACCGAUAUUCGCAACGAGCUGGAGUUUGCACAAUGGUACAAUGAGGUAGAGGAGAGCCUGCUGGAGGCUAGCUACGAUGAGUACCAAGCUUGCCUCCAGGAGCUUCAAAUGUCCAAGUCCCAUCUCGAUUCCUUGUUGACCGAUACAUCGUCGACCCUCGAUCUUUUGACUAGCCUCUCGAACGACUUUAGAGCCGUGGAAUCGCAGACCUCCCAAUUCCGGAAACAAUGUGAGGGGCUGCUCUCUGCGCAGAAGCAUGACUCGGAUUUGGCGGAGGAUAUUCAAGAGAACCUCCAGUAUUAUGACUUUCUGGAUCCUGCGUCGAGGAGACUGAAUGCUCCUGGGGCUGGUAAUACAGUCCGUGGGAAGGAAUUCUCGGAUAUGCUACGGCGUCUCGACGAAUGCCUGGAUUACAUGGAGACACAUCCCGAUCAAAAGGAAGCUGGUGUAUACCGCUCCAGGUACCGUUUACUCAUGACCCGUGCCCUCACCUUGAUCAGAACCCACUUUGUGUCCUCCCUCCGCGAUGUAUACGCCGAUGCGUCGAAGAAGAUUGCAGAUAAGCAGCUCAAUGACACAACCAUGUCCACGCUGCUCUACGCCAAAUUCAGAGUCGGCGCGCCGGAACUGAAACAGAUCGGACUCGAGAUCCAGAAGCGAGCCGUCCCGCCUCUAGACCCCGACCAGGGCACCGAAGCCGAAUACCAGAGCUUGCUGAACGAGCUUCAUGCGAACUACGCAGCCACGCGCGGGAAAUUGAUCAUCCCCCUCGUCUACAAGAACCUCAACGACCUCGCGCAGUCUCCAACAUCUUCCCAGGACCUCGUCUCCUUCGCCCGCGCCAGCAUCAGCUACAUCCGCGGCGUAUGCCUCGACGAGUUCGAACUAUGGGGCGAAUGGUUCCACGGCCACGGCGGACUCUACGACUUCCUAGAAACAAUCUGCGAACCGCUCUACGACCACCUUAGACCGCGCAUCAUCCACGAAGACAAGAUCGUCAAGCUCUGCCAGCUCUGCACCCUCCUGCAAACCCGAUACCUGCUCGACCAAGACGAGGAUAUCGAGCAACAAGUCGACGCCAACCAGCUCGACUUCCCAGCGCUGAUCCAACCCGCCCUCGAAGACGUCCAAACCCGCCUCGUCUUCCGCGCGCAAGCCUUCCUCCGCGACGAGAUCGAGCGCUACAAACCUCGCCCCGAAGACCUCGACUACCCAGCUCGCAACAAACAAUUCUCCAUCUCCGUCACCGAAGGCCAAAUCAGCGGCCGCAAGAUCACCUCCACAGACACUCCCACCACAACGACACUCCCAACCCGACCCAAAUCAACAACCAAACCCAGCAACGACAGCGACCCUUCAUCAACGAACCCCGAAGACACCACUACCACCGCCGCUACAAAAUGGGACCUCGAGUCCCCAACAACCCAAGACCAAAGCGGCUGGUACCCAACCCUCCGCAAAGCCAUCUGGCUCCUAAGCCGAAUCUACCGUCUUGUCAACGUACAUCCCACCCCUAUCCUCCCCCACAACCAACCAACAUACAAACUAACAUACAAACAAACCAGUCCACCGUCUUCGACGACCUCGCCCACCAAAUCGUGCACCAAACCACGACCUCCCUACACAGCGCCAGCACCCUCCUGCGCACAAAAACCACCACUACCGACGCGCACCUCUUCCUCCUCAGCCACCUCCUAA